ACGAUCAUCCUUCCUCAUCCAUCAUUCUCAUAAGUAGAGCGCAUCAUUUAAGCCAAGCAAGCAGUGCUCAAUACAAAUCCACCAUGAAGACCUUUCUCAUCCUUGCCCUCCUUGCUAUUGUGGGGACCACCGCCACAACUGCAGUUAGAGUUCCAGUGCCACAAUUGCAGCUACAAAAUCCAUCUCAGCAACAGCCACAAGAGCAAGUUCCAUUGGUACAACAACAACAAUUUCCAGGGCAGCAACAACCAUUUCCACCACAACAGCCAUAUCCGCAGCCACAACCAUUUCCAUCACAACAACCAUAUCUGCAGCUGCAACCAUUUCCACAGCCGCAACUACCAUAUCCGCAGCCGCAACCAUUUCGACCACAACAACCAUAUCCACAGCUGCAACCACAGUAUUCGCAACCACAACAACCAAUUUCGCAGCAGCAGCAACAACAACAACAACAACAAAUCCUUCAACAAAUUUUGCAACAACAACUGAUUCCAUGCAGGGAUGUUGUAUUGCAACAACACAACAUAGCGCAUGGAAGCUCACAAGUUUUGCAAGAAAGUACUUACCAGCUGGUGCAACAAUUGUGUUGUCAGCAGCUGUGGCAGAUCCCCGAGCAGUCGCGGUGCCAAGCCAUCCACAAUGUUGUUCAUGCUAUUAUUCUGCAUCAACAACACCACCACCACCAACAACAACAACAACAACAACAACCGUUGAGCCAGGUCUCCUUCCAACAGCCUCAGCAACAAUAUCCAUCAGGCCAGGGCUCCUUCCAACCAUCUCAGCAAUACCCACAGGCCCAGGGCUCUUUCCAGCCUCAACAACUGCCCCAGUUUGAGGCAAUAAGGAACCUAGCGCUACAGACGCUACCUGCAAUGUGCAAUGUGUAUAUCCCUCCAUAUUGCACCAUUGCUCCAUUUGGCAUCUUCAGUACUAACUGAGAAGAGAAGAACUCUAGUAGUAGAUAUAUGAUACACCGUUUUCUUAGUCCAUGGAUUGGUCGUUGUAGCGGUGAAAAAAUAAAGUGACAUGCACUAUCAUGUAAGAACCUGAACUAUACUAGUUCAAACUUGGGAAUAAAAGACAAACACAGGUCUUGUCUACA